AAAUCCCCCACUUCAAGGAAGUGAUUAUCAUGGCCACAAACUGCGACUCCUGUGGGCACAGGACGAACGAAGUGAGCCGGGGAGCUAGCGUGGAGCCGCAGGGCACCAGGAUCAUCCUUCGGAUUACAGACCCUUCCGACAUGACAAGGGAUGUCCUCAAGUCGGAGACGUGCAGCGUGGAGAUCCCAGAGCUGGAGUUCGAGCUGGGGAUGGGAGCGCUGGGGGGGAAAUUCACUACGCUGGAGGGGCUGCUGAAGGGCCUCAGGGGCCUGGGGACAGGCGUUGAGAGAAACCCCUUCACCCUGGGCGACAGCUCGACCCCCAGUAAGACGGAGAAGCUGCAAGAGUUCAUCGGGAAACUGCAAGAGAUCAUAGAGGGGAAGACGAAGGCUCACAUCAUCAUGGAUGACCCUGCAGGCAACAGCUACCUUCAG